ACAUUAGACCGUUGGCGAAGUGACAUGUAAUAUGUUUUCUAUUUUGAUGUUACGAUUAUAUUUGCUUUCUUCCGUUCAGCACUUUCAUGUUCUCUUCUAAGCUCUCGAAGUAUUUCAUUAUUAACACCAUUUUUUAACCCUAGUCAUAGCUGUUGGCAAUUGGCCCACUGUUAUUUUGUCAAAUAAAUGGGCUGGAUCUGAAUUUAAAAAAAAAAAAAAACUCCCUCAUUGACAAGAAAAACCCUAGGAACUAAAAGUAAACUCACGAGAAGAUCUUCUUAUCUCUUACUGCCGAUUACCGUUGGGGGCUUUCCCCAUCAGUUUUUCUUUUCUUUUCCUCCAGCAACUACUUUAUCAGAGGUUGUAGACGAUCGCCGACGCCGCUGCCACCGCCGUGUAUCUUCUUCCUUUCUUUUUCCUUUCGAUUUCGCCGGAUCUGAUCCGUGUCCAGUGUCGGAUCGUGUCGAACUGUAGAGUCCGGGUGCCGGAGGUGACGAGGAUGGAAGGUAAUGGAAAUGGAAUACCAACCGGGGACAAAAUCAUAUUGAGGGGCUUGAAAUUUCAUGGUUUCCAUGGAGUAAAGCCUGAAGAGAAAAAACUGGGUCAGAAGUUCUUGGUGGAUGUAGAUGCUUGGAUGGAUCUUCGGAAAGCCGGUGAAUCUGACAACUUAUCGGACACCCUUAGUUACACCGAUAUUUACCGGAUAGUGAAGGAAGUUGUGGAAGGGCCAUCUCAUGAUCUUUUGGAAUCAGUGGCUCAAAUGAUUGCAUCAAAAACCUUCACAAAUCACUCUCAAAUAUCUGCAGUUCGAGUAAAGGUUGGGAAGCCUCAUGUUGCUGUUCAUGGCUGUCUCGACUACCUUGGAGUUGAGAUUAUCAGAUAUAGAACCAUCGAUGCGCCUAACUGACCUGAAUAUAUAUCAUCCUUUGAGCAGUCCGUCACGUGGAUGUGGUAACAGAUCAUCUUUCAUCCAUGCUUGGUACCUCAGGUUUCUCAUUCACUUAAAUUAAUGUAUUUGUGUUUUUUCUUCUUCAUGUUUGUUUAUAGUGUAAUGGAAUGUGUCCGAGUUGUGACCGUAUUGAAGUUCGAUGCCUAUGGUCGUAUUUAAUAUCGUAUUACUUUUUUUUUAAUUUAUGAAAUACUCCUUUUACAUAAAAGAAAAGACUGUAUAUGAGUUAUUUUUUAGAUAUUACGGUGAUUUUUAUAUGAAUAUAUUGACAAUAUAGAUUGUUAAAA